UCGUUCACUGUGCAACCCAAAACCCACACCCACUUUGCAUUCUCUCUCUCUCUCUCUCUCUUUUAAUUGCUUCUCUCUUUGCUCUUCUUACAUCUCACAAAUAAGAAAUUAAAGAUCUUCAGCAGUUGAAAUAAUGGAUAAAGACAAAACCCCACAACUCCCCAGAAGAAUGACCAGGUCUUCAACUUCAUCUUCUGUAUCCACUUCAAAUCACGUAGUUGCAGCAGAAGUAAAUAGUCUUGAACCUCUAACGGUCAAUGACCUUUUAGUUGUAGGAGAUCCCAUCAGUCUAGAUGAUAUAAUUUCUAGUUUUCCUGGUAGAAGUAGCCAGAUUCGUGAGAUUAUGCGUCUUUUGGGACCUUUGAACUCACCAAUGCUUCCUUUGUUUGUAUAUGGAGGUCCUUCUACUGGAAAAACCAGUAUCAUUCUUCAAUUAUUCAGGCAUCUCAACCGGCCACUUGUUUAUUCUAGUUGCAGGACAUGCUAUAACCAUGGUAUCUUGUUUGAAUCUAUUCUAAAUCAGUUACUUCUCCAUAGAAAAAAUGCUGCCAAUGGUUAUUCAAAUGCAAAACGCUGUGAAAGACCAUCUGAUUUUGUCAAUUUUCUUCGGGAAGCAUUGACCAAUGUUGUAAACAAUCUCAAGAAGUCAGAGAACUCGAUCUCGAAUAAGAUGACAACAAAAGGGAAAAUUGGAAAUAUGAUCUACUUGGUGUUUGACAAUUUUCAGCUUGUCAGGGAGUGGGAGAAGAGCUCUACUAUAUUGCCCCUGUUGUUUAAUCUCUAUGAUAUGCUAAAGAUGCCUGAGGUGGGUCUGAUUUUUAUCAGCAAUACUUCCCCAGAUACCUUUUACUCUAACAUGGGGUAUGUAGAGCCUGUCCCCGUUUACUUUCCGGAUUACACAGAAGGUGAUAUUCGUCAAAUAUUGUUGAGAAACCAAUUGAACCAGAAGCUAUAUUCCUCAUUUCUGGAUGUAGCUCUGCAUUCUUUCUUUAGAAUUACAAGUCAAGUUGGUCAAUUGUCUGCUACCUUAAAGCCACUAUAUGAAAAAUAUUGUGAACCUUUAAGUGAUAAGGGAAAGGGAGUUGCUCAUAAUUCAGAGAUGAAUUUGAGGCUGUCAACUCAUAUCAAGCCUCAUAUUUCCUCCGCUUUGAAUGAGAUAUUUAAGAUUUCAUCUCUUGCUUCAACUGAAGCUAAGACCUGCAAGGAGGAAAAGUUGAAGGGAAAAUCCAGGAGAUCAGAGCAAUCAGAAGAACUUGGCAGUCUUGAUUUUCACAUGUCUACUUGUGCAAAGUAUCUUCUGAUUUCAGCAUUCCUUGCCUCCAGAAACCCAGCUACUCUUGAUGCUUCACUUUUUGAUUCCAGAGGUGGUUCUGAUAAUCGAAAGCGAAAGAGGAAGCCCUCUGAGAAAGCACUGGAACGGAAGGAAACUUUAGAAGAGGAACUGCUAAUGAAAGGACCUGGAACUUUUCCAUUGGAGAGGUUGUUAGCCAUUUUUCAGUGCCUUGUAUCAGUUGCAGAAGAUUCAUCUGAUGACGACGAACAAAACAAUAAUGCAUUAGGAGUUCAAAGUGGCAACGGCAGUCUAAUGUCAGACAUUCUUUUGCAGCUAUCCAGUCUAUGCAAUGCUAAUUUUAUAUUCAAAGGAAGAAGCUGUCCGAUUGAAGGCUCAACUCGGUAUCGAUCAACCAUAUCUGAAGACCUGGCUUUGAAGGUGGCAAGGAGCCUCAAGUUCCCAUUAUCAAAGUAUUUGUAUAGAAGUUAGUAAUCUUUGACAUGCACACAUCUCAAAGCUUGGUUAUCAAUUUUUUCCUCUGAUGGAUCUGCCAAGAGUGUAUACAAUUACAACCUCUAUUGUGCUCUACUAUUAUCAACAUAAAAUGGUUCGGAUCCCCAAGAAUGCUUGAAGCCAAACCAAUGGUAUAGAAUAUAAUUGUGACCAUGGCAGUUCAUGGGGUGGAUGGACAGUAAUUAACAGUGAACAUUUUGACUUGUUAGGAUUUGAUUUAUUAUUCCAUGCCUUUUAUAUUUCUCCAAAGCUAUUUUUAAUAUUGCGGAUUGUAAGUUGUAAAGAUCCUGAAAACAUGUUGCUCUUUAGCUGAUAUAAAAUUAUAUUACGGCACAAAAUUUGUAUUAACACUGUUGAUGUCCUCAAAGGAUUGCCCCAGGCUUGAGGAAUGUUUAAUGUUGGGGAAUAAACAAAUUCUUUCUGGCAUAUCUUGAUGGUUGUGUUGAGUUGUAG